AUGCCGCCAAAGAAUGCUCCAAACAAAAAAACCGACCCGAAAAAAAAAGAAAAAGUAAUUGAAGAUAAAACAUUUGGACUAAAAAAUAAGAAAGGAGCAAGGACACAGAAAUAUGUGCAACAAGUAACAAAUCAGAUUAAAUACGGCAAUGUAAACCAUGCGAAAAUUGAUGCAGAGAAAGCUGCGUCUAAGAAGAAAACAGCCGAUGGUGAACUACGGGAUUUGAAUAAACUUUUGAAACCUGUGACUGAGAUGUCUAAGGUGGCACGAGAUGUCGAUCCUAAAUCAGUAGUUUGUGUGUUUUAUAAGCAGGGAAUGUGCCACAAGGGUGAAAAGUGCAAAUUUAGUCACGACUUGUCGAAGGAGCAGAAGACAGCUAAAAAGAAUCUUUAUGUUGACAGUCGAGAUUUAUCAAAAGAAGACGAGAACACAGAUGAUUGGGAUGAGUCUAAAUUAAGCGAAGUUGCCGAGAAGAAACAUGGAGAACAUGAUAGAAAAAGGCCGAAUCAAACAGAUAUUGUUUGUAAAUAUUUUCUGGAAGCUGUUGAGAAUAACAAAUAUGGUUGGUUUUGGGAAUGUCCAAAUGGCGACAGUUGUAUUUAUAGGCAUGCCUUGCCAUCAGGUUAUAUCCUGAAGAAAGAUAGGAAAAAAUUGGAGGAGCAUAAACGGCUAAACGAAAUCAGUCUGGAAGAACUCCUGGAGAAAGAGCGUGCACAACUUAAGUCAGAAAGUCUAACAAAAGUGACGCUGGAAACAUUUAUCUGUUGGAAAAAGAAGAAGUUACGAGAGCGGAAAAGAAAAAUUGCAGAAGAAGUGAAAGAAAAAAAGAAAAAUAUUAAGACGGGUAAAUCGAUCGGGAUGAGUGGUCGUGAUUUGUUCACCUACAAUCCAGAGCUGAUGGCGCAAGACGAAGGAGAUAUGGAAGGUGGUGUUGCAUUUGAGAGAGGAUUUGAUGAGGAGGAUAAUGAUGAGGCAGAGAUAAAAGCAUUUGAAAUUGAUGAGCGUACAUUUUAUUGCAUCGAUGACGAAGGACAUAUGUUGGAUGACGACUUGUAUGAUGAUGAAAAGCUAGAGACAACAGGAUUUGAAAUCGAUGAACGUGCAUUUUGCUGCACCGAUGACGAAAAACAUAUGCUGCAUGACGAUCUGCUGAACUACGAAAAGUGGGAAGAGACUGAUGGUGGUAUUAGAAAUAUGGAAAUUAAUGAAGAUUUAUUUAACGCAGACGAAAUACCCUAUUUGGAAAAUUCUGACGACGAAGAUAGUGCUGUUAAAAAGAUAGCCAGAAUGAGGAUAGAAGAGAAAAAUCGAAUUUUAUAA